CUGCAGCGCCGGCUUUGCGAUGGGACACCUGUGGCUCGUGGGGGCCUGGGGUCUCUGGGGGCUUCUCCUCUCCGCUGCGGAUUCUCACACAGAUGGCUCUAAACUAAUACCCAAAGUCACAGAAGUAAUACCUAAAUAUGGUAGUGUAAAUGGAGCAACGAGGCUGACUAUCAGAGGAGAAGGUUUUUCUCAGGCAAACCAGUUUAACUAUGGAGUUGAUAAUGCUGAGCUGGGAAACAGUGUACAAUUAGUUUCUUCUUUCCAGUCAAUUGCUUGUGAUGUAGAAAAAGAUUCAAGUCAUUCAACUCAAAUUACAUGCUAUACGAGAGCAAUGCCAGAAGAUUCCUACGCUGUUCGAGUCAGUGUGGAUGGGGUUCCUAUUGGAGAAAACAACACCUGUAAAGGUCGUGUCAACAGCUGGGCUUGCAGCUUCAAUGUAUGCACACUAAUUACAAUCCAAGGAAGAAUUUUCACCGAUGUCUAUGGAAGUAACACUGCACUAAGCUCAAAUGGGAAAAAUGUUAGGAUUUUGAGAGUUUACGUUGGAGGAAUGCCCUGUGAGCUUCUCAAACCACAAUCUGAUGAUUUGUAUGGUCUAAAACUACAUCAUCCAAAUGGAGACAUGGGCUCUAUGAUUUGUAAGAUAACUGGAACUUACAUUGGUCAUCACAAUGUCAGCUUCAUCUUAGACAGUGAUUAUGGAAGGAGUUUCCCACAGAAAAUGGCAUAUUUUGUUUCUUCUCUCAAUAAAAUUUCAAUGUUUCAAACGUUUGCAGAGGUUGCCAUGGUUUCACCUUCAAAAGGAAGCAUUCAAGGUGGUGCCACACUAACAAUAAAUGGUCGGUUCUUUGAUCAGACUGAUGUCCCAGUGAGGGUUCUAGUUGGAGGGCAGCCUUGUGAUAUUUUGAAUAUCACAGAAAAUAGUAUAUGUUGCAAGACACCUCCCAGACCUCACAGUCUCAAAACUGUGUAUCCAGGUGGGAGAGGCCUGAAGCUGGAGGUAUGGAAUAGAAGUCGGCCAGCGCAUCUUGAGGAGAUACUUGGAUACGGUGAAAACACACCAGGGUACAUGGGUGCCACCUGGAUAGACUCUGCUUCCUACACUUGGCCCAUGGAACACGACACAUUUGUUGCACGCUUCAGUGGAUUUCUCGUGGUUCCAGAUUCUGAUGUUUAUAGGUUCUACAUCAGAGGUGAUGACCAUUAUGCUAUUUAUUUCAGCCAAACUGGACUUCCAGAAGAUAAGGUGAGGAUUGCAUAUCAUUCUGCCAAUGCCAACAGUUAUUUUUCCAGCCCAACACAAAGGUCAGAUGAUAUUUAUCUUCAGAAAGGAAAAGAGUAUUAUAUUGAAAUCUUGCUGCAGGAAUACAGAUUAAGUGCUUUUGUUGAUGUUGGACUGUACCAGUAUAAAAGUGUGUAUUCUGAACAGCAAACGGGAGAUGCAAUAAAUGAAGAACAAGUUAUAAAAUCUCAGUCAACAAUUAUACAGGAAGUACAGGUUAUAACUUUAGAAAACUGGGAAACAACUAUUGCCACUAAUGAAGUUCAGAAGAUCACAGUAACCAGCCCAUGUAUGGACGCUAAUUCAUGUUCACAUUACCAAUACAGAUUAAUCUAUAACACGGAAAAAACUGUCUUGCUGCCUGCUGAUGCUUCUGAAGUCAUACUGCAGUCCGCUUUAAAUGACCUCUGGUCUAUAAAGCCCGAUACAGUCCAAGUGAUAAGGACACAGGCUCUCCAGAGCCGUAUAUACACAAUAACUUUCAUAUCAAAUAGAGGGGACUUUGAUCUGCUCGGUUAUGAAGUAUUUGAAGGGAAUAAUGUCACAGUGGAUAUUACAGAGCAAACCAAAGGAAAACCCAGUCUGGAGACAUUCACACUGAACUGGGAUGGGAUUCUUUCCAAGCCUCUUACCCCGCGGUCCUCAGAAGCUGAAUUUCAGGUAGCUGUGGAAGAAAUGGUUAGUACUAAAUGUCCACCACAAAUUGCACAUUUUGAAGAAGGAUUUGUUGUGAAAUACUUCCGAGACUAUGAAACUGAUUUUGACUUGGAAAAUGUUAAUAGAGGGCAGAAGACAGCUGAAACGGAUGCUUACUGUGGUCGUUAUUCCCUGAAAAACCCAUCUGUUCUUUUUGACUCAGCAGAUGCUAAAUCAAACAGACUACCAUAUGGAAACAUUUUAUUAUUUCCUUAUAAUCAGUUAUGUUUAGCAUACAAAGGAUUCUUGGCAAAUUAUAUUGGCCUCAAAUUUCAGUACCAAGACAGUGGCAAGAUUACUAGAAGCAAAGAUACACAAUUUAUAUAUAACUUUGCUCAUGGGAAGAGCUGGACCUACACUUGCUUAGAUCUUCUGGAUCUCAUACAGAGUAAACAGACUGGGAUGAAUUUUUCUCUUCAAAGAAUUAGUUUACAGAAAGCAUCAGAAACACAAUCUUUCUAUGUGGAUGUAGUAUACAUUGGACAGGUAUCUACAACCUCAACACUGGAUGAAAUGGCAAAGAGAAGACUUCCAGCAUUAGCAAAUAAAGGAAUAUUUUUAAAGCAGUUUCAAGUGAAUCAGAGCAAAAAGGAUGAAUCAACUAUGACAAUCCAAUAUUCUGUUACCAUGAUGUCUUAUAAUUGCAGUUACAACAUACCCAUGAUGGCUGUGAGCUUUGGACAGAUAAUUGCAAAUGAGACAGAAAAUGAGUCUGUUUAUAGAGGGAAUAAUUGGCCAGGAGAGUCAAAGAUUCGUAUUCAAAGAAUUCAAGAAGCUUCUCCACCUAUAAGUGGCAGCUUUGACAUUCAAGCUUAUGGGCAUGUUAUAAAAGGUAUCCCUGCUACUGUGUCAGCUGCAGACCUGCAAUUUGCUCUACAGAGCCUGGAGGAGGUGGGGCGAGUCUCCGUCACGCGAGAGGGAACCUGCGCUGGAUUCUCCUGGGGCAUCACCUGGAGAAGCGCAUGUGGAAAGCAGAAUCUUCUACAGAUUAAUGAUUCCAAUAUUAUUGGAGAAAAGGCUAAUAUGACCGUUACAAAGAUAAAGGAAGGUGGCUUAUUCAGACAGCGCAUUCUUGGAGACUUACUUCGUACACCCCAUCAACAGACACAGGUUGAAGUCUAUAUCAAUGGAAUUCCAGCAAAAUGUUCGGGUGACUGUAGUUUUACGUGGGAUUCCACGGCCACUCCCCAAGUCUUGGCCAUAAGCCCUUCUCAAGGGUCCUAUGAAGAAAGCACAAUUCUAAGCAUAGUAGGCUCUGGAUUUUCUCCUAGCUCAGCUGUAUCAGUCUCCGUUGGAUCUACUGGUUGUUCUCUUCUUUCCGUGGAUGAAAAUGAGAUCAAGUGCCAGAUUGUGAAUGGAAGCGCUGGACAUUUACCAGUUGCUGUGUCUGUAGCUGAUGUUGGACUAGCACAGAAUGUAGACAGUAAGGGAUUCCACUUCAUUUAUCAGAGUCAGCUCUCACACAUCUGGCCUGAUUCUGGAAGCCUGGCAGGUGGUACUGUAUUGACUCUAUCUGGAUUUGGCUUUAGUGAAAAUUCAGAGGUUUUAGUUGGAAAUGAAACCUGCAGUGUGAUUGAAGGGAAUUUGAAUAGGAUAACCUGUAGAACACCAAAAAGAAGUGAGGGUACAGUUGAUAUUUCAGUUAUUACUAAUGGAUUUCAAGCCACCUCCAGGAAUAUUUUUAGGUAUAAUUGCUUACAGACGCCAGUUAUAAUGGAUUUUAGUCCAAAAAUACGGACAAUUCUAGGAGAUGUUAAUUUAACAAUUAAGGGUUAUAACUUUGGAAAUGAACUCACACAAAACGUGGUGGUGUAUGUUGGAGGGAAAACCUGCCAAAUUCUCCACUGGAACUUCACAGAUAUUAGAUGCCUUUUACCAGAGCUGUCUCCCGGAAAACAUUCUGUCCAUGUAGAAGUCAGAAACUGGGGUUUUGCAUCAACCAGUGACAAGUUAAAUGCAUCGAUACAGUAUGUUUUGGAAGUGACAGACAUGUCUCCACACAGAGGCUCCUUGUAUGGCGGGACUGAAAUCACUAUAAUGGGUUUGGGGUUCAGCACGAUACCAACUGAGAAUACUGUGCUCUUAGGUUCUUUCCCUUGCAAUGUUACAUCAUCAUCAGAAAACACCAUAAAAUGUACUCUUCACUCAACAGGGAAAGUGUUCCGAAUUACCAACAAUGGGGAAGAUUUAGUGCAUGGAUUAGGUUAUGCUUGGUCACCAUCAGUCUUAAAUGUGUCUGUGGGAGACACAGUGGCAUGGCAUUGGCAAGCACAUCCCUUUCUUAGAGGAAUAGGAUAUAGGGUCUUCUCGGUCCCCAGUCCUGGAAGUGUGAGUUAUGAUGACAAAGGAUUCACAAAUGGAAGACCAAAAUCUUCAUCAGGUUCAUUUUCUUACCAAUUCACUUUGCCCGGAAUCCAUUAUUACAGCAGUGGGCAUGUUGAUGAGGCUCGCUCCGUUUCUCUCCAAGGAGUCAUUAACGUUUUACCAGCUAAAACCAGGCACCUUCCCCUGCAGGUGUUUGUGCGUAGCACUGAAGCCACGUACACUCGGGGAGGACCUGAGAAUUUGCACUUGGGAAGCUCUGUGGCAGGCUGCCUAGCAACAGAGCCCCUGUGUAGUCUGAACGAUACCAGGGUUAAAGAUUCAAACAUAUUUCUCUUUGAGCUUUCAAGUUGUAUUUCACCAUCUAUAAGCAACAUUACUCCGUCCACUGGAACAGUAAAUGAAUUGAUAACAAUUACUGGAAGUGGCUUCAGUAAUCUGACAUGUGCUAAUAAGGUUACAAUUGGUCGCUACCCUUGUGUUGUGGAAGAAAGUCAUGACAGUUCUAUCACGUGCCAUAUUGACCCUCAAAACUCAAUGGAGGUCGGCAUCCGAGACUUUGUCACUUUGGUUGUCUACAACCUGGGCACUGCUAUCAACACAUUGUCCAGUGAAUUUGAUAGGCAAUUUGUUCUCUUGCCAAACAUUGAAAUGGUAUUGCCAAAUACAGGGUCAACGACAGGAAUGACGAGAGUGAUCAUAAAAGGCUCAGGGUUUGCAGGUUCUUCUGCAGGUGUGGAAGUCCUGAUGGGUCAUUUCCCGUGUAAAGUUCUCACAGUGAAUUACACAGCUAUCGAGUGUGAGACAUCCCCUGCUCCCCAGCAGCUUGUGCUCGUGCAUCUUCUAAUACGUGGAGUGCCUGCCCUCUGUCAGGGGAGCUGCAACUUUUCAUAUUCAGACAGCAUCACUCCUUGUGUAACAGGAAUCUUCCCAGACUCUGUCAGAGGACCUGUGAAAGUUGUCAUUGAAGGAGAAGGUUUUGGGACUGUGUUGGAGGAGGUUGCUGUUUUCAUUGGAAAUCAACAGUUCAGAGCAAUACAUGUGAAUGAAAGUAACAUCACUGUUCUCGUGCCUUCCCUCCCAGCUGGACUUCAUUCUCUCAGAGUGGUGGUAGAAACUAAAGGCUUGGCUCUGGGGAACCUGACUGUCAGCAGCCCCAUGGUAGCAUCUGUCUCACCAACUUCUGGAAGCCUUGGUGGUGGAACCAUGUUGGUCAUCACAGGGAACGGUUUCCAUCUGGACAACACCACAGUCACUGUUGGGGAGGCCCCCUGUCAGAUUAUGUUUGCCAACUCCAGUAAGGUCCACUGUAGCACCCCAGCAGGGAAAGCUGGAAAGACCAAUCUGCAGAUCUUGGUUAACGAAGUUCCUUACCCAGCUUUAUCAUUCACAUAUUCCCUGGAGGACACGCCAUUUCUCAGAGGAAUUUCCCCAAAUACAGGUCCACCAGGAACUGAAAUUGAGAUCACUGGAUCUAACUUCGGUUUUAACAUCUCAGAAAUUUCAGUGAGGAUAAGUGACGCUGGUUGUCAUGUGACCAUGGUCAAUGACAGCGUGCUGCAGUGCGUUGCUGGAGAUCAUGCUGGUGGAACGUUUCCCGUGGUGCUGUAUCACAAGACAAAAGGCUUUGCCGUGUCCACUCUUGUAUUUGAGUACCCACUUCAUAUUCAAAGUAUUCAUCCGCAGCAAGGGAGCUUUGGUGGUGGCCAAACCCUGACUGUGACAGGUGCUGGGUUUAAUCCGCAAGGCUCAGUCCCAUUGAUCUGUGGAUCAGAAUGUGCAACUGAUAGGCUCAGAUCCGAUUACACGACACUGUUAUGUGAAAUUCCACCUAAUGAUGGUAUGGGGCCUGAGCAGGCGUGUGAAGUGAGUGUGGUCAAUGGGAGAGAUUCGUCACCGUCCACGGCUCUGUUCACUUACACCAUGGCCCUGACUCCGCUUGUCACCGAAAUAUCUCCCAGGAAAGGCAGUACCUCAGGGGGCACCAGACUUACCGUGUGGGGAUCAGGAUUCAGUGAAAAUCCACAGGAUGUUGAUAUCACCAUAGCUGAAGCUGAAUGUGAUGUUAAGUAUGCCAACAAGACACAUAUCAUCUGCGUGACAAGUGCUCAUACUCCUUCAGGGUGGGCCCCACUUCACGUCAACAUCAGAAACAUCGGCAUGGCUAAACUGAAGAAUGCCGACUUCCUGUACAUGGAUGCUUGGUCCUCCAACUUCUCAUGGGGUGGAAGAUCACCCCCAGAGGAAGGCUCACUUGCUGUGAUUACAAAAGGACAGAUACUUCUGCUGGACCAAAGCACCCCUAUUCUGAAAAUGUUGCUUAUCCAGGGUGGAACUCUAAUAUUUGAUGAAGCUGACAUUGAACUCCAGGCAGAAAAUAUUCUAAUUACAGAUGGAGGCAUUCUUCAGAUCGGGACCGAGGCUUCCCCAUUCCAGCACAAGGCGGUCAUAACCUUGCACGGGCACCCGAGGUCUCCGGAGCUCCCGGUUUACGGGGCCAAGACGCUGGCUGUGCGAGAGGGAACCCUGGACCUGCACGGUCUGCCGGUCCCUGUGGUCUGGACUCGGUUGGCUCAGACUGCAAAGGCAGGGGAAUGGACUUUGAUUCUUCAAGAAGGAGUGACUUGGAAAGCAGGGGAUUCCAUUGUAAUUGCAAGCACAGGACACAGACACAGUCAAAGAGAAAAUGAAGAAAGGACCAUUGCGUCUGUGUCAGCUGAUGGUGUAAACAUCACACUCACUCAGCCACUGAAUCACACACACCUAGGAACCAGCGUCACACUGCCUGAUGGAACUGUGUUUGAAGCAAGAGCAGAAGUUGGAAUUCUUACAAGAAAUAUUGUAAUAAGAGGAUCUGAGAAUGUGGAAUGGAAUAACAAAAUUCCAGCAUGUCCUAGUGGAUUUGACACAGGUGAAUUUGCUACACAGACAUGUCUCCAAGGAAAAUUUGGAGAAGAAAUAGGAAGCGACCAAUUUGGAGGAUGCAUUAUGUUCCAUGCACCUUUGCCUGGUGCUAACAUGGUAACUGGAAGAAUAGAGUAUGUAGAGGUGUUUCAUGCUGGCCAGGCUUUCCGGUUGGGCCGAUAUCCAAUACAUUGGCACCUACUCGGAGAUUUACAAUUCAAAUCUUAUGUAAGAAACUGUGCAAUUCACCAGUCCUAUAACAGAGCUGUUACUAUCCAUAACACACAUCACCUUCUGGUUGAGAGAAAUAUUAUCUAUGAUAUCAAAGGAGGAGCAUUUUUUAUAGAAGAUGGUAUUGAACAUGGCAAUAUUCUGCAGUAUAACUUGGCAGUAUUUGUACAGCAGAGCACUAGUCUUCUAAAUGACGAUGUAACGCCGGCUGCAUUUUGGGUGACCAACCCGAACAAUACCAUACGGCACAAUGCAGCUGCUGGAGGCACUCACUUUGGCUUUUGGUAUCGAAUGAACAACCACCCUGACGGACCAUCCUAUGACCCACACAUUUGCCAAAAAAGAAUUCCUCUUGGAGAGUUCUUUAACAAUACUGUUCAUUCUCAAGGAUGGUUUGGACUGUGGAUCUUUGAAGACUACUUCCCCAUGAAAACAGGAUCGUGUACUUCUACAGCGCCCCUACCUGCAGUCUUUAAUUCACUUACUACUUGGAAUUGUCAGAAAGGCGCUGAAUGGGUCAAUGGAGGGGCCCUGCAGUUCCAUAAUUUUGUGAUGGUAAAUAACUAUGAAGCUGGAAUUGAGACCAAGAGGAUCCUGGCUUCUUAUGUUGGAGGGUGGAGUGAAACGAAUGGAGCAGUGGUUAAAAAUGCCAAAAUUGUUGGUCAUCUUGAUGAACUGGGAAUGGGGUCUGCAUUUUGUACAUCAAAGGGCUUGGUCCUCCCGUUUAGUGAUGGCUUGACUGUGUCUUCUGUACGGUUUAUGAACUUUGACCGUCCCAACUGUGUAGCUUUGGCAGUGACUUCCAUCACUGGAGUUUGUCAUGAUAAAUGUGGAGGUUGGAGUGCAAAAUUUGUUGACAUCCAGUAUUUUCACACACCAAAUAAGUGUGGCUUUCGAUGGGAACACGAAGCUGUGCUAAUUGAUGUUGAUGGUUCACUUACAGGGCACAAAGGGCACACGGUCAUUCCACACAGUCUGUUGCUCGACCCUUCGCAUUGCACUCAGGAAACCCAGUGGAGCAUUGGGUUCCCUGGCUCCGUCUGUGACGCCUCAGUGAGCUUCCACCGUUUAGCCUUCAACAAGCCUUGCCCAAUAUCGCUACUUGAAAAGGAUGUGAUUCUUUCGGAUUCUUUUGGCACAAGUAUUGUUCCCUUUCAGAAGAAACGACUGACUCAUAUGUCUGGAUGGAUGGCAUUGAUUCCAAAUGCAAAUCACAUUAACUGGUACUUUAAGGAUGUGGGUCACAUAACCAAUAUAUCAUACACAUCAACAUUCUAUGGAUUUAAGGAAGAAGACUAUGUAAUUAUAUCACAUAACUUCACUCAAAAUCCUGUUAUGUUUAGUGUAAUUGAUGUGAGGAAUGGUUCUUCAAAUCCAUUGAACUGGAAUACCAGCAAGAAUGGAGACUGGCAUCUUGAUGCAAACACUAGUACUCUAUAUUACUUGGUGUCAGGAAGACAUGACCUUCAACAGAGCCAGUCCAUUUCUGGGACCCUGGAUCCUGAUGUGAAAGAUGUUGUUAUCAAUUUCCAAGCUUACUGUUGUAGUCUCCAGGAUUGCUUUCCUGUCCAUUCCCCAUCAAGAAAACCCAUUCCCAGGAAGCGGCCGGCCACUUAUAAUUUAUGGUCAAAUCAUUCUUUUUGGCAAUCAUCUCAAGAAAAUAAUUAUACUGUACCGCACCCUGGAGCACACGUAGUUAUUCCCGAAGGAACAUGGAUUGUAGCUGACAUAGAUUUGCCCCCCAUGGAAAGGCUCCUUGUCUGGGGAGUUCUGGAACUUGAAGAUAAAUCCAGUGAUGGAGCUGCGGAACCCUCUUACAGGACAGUUGUUUUGAAUGCCACCUACAUAUCCGUGCAGGGAGGUAGAUUAAUUGGUGGCUGGGAAGAUAAUCCUUUUAGAGGAGAAUUACACAUUGUGCUUCGAGGAAAUCAUUCUACCCCAGAAUGGGCUCUUCCAGGAGGACCAAAUCAAGGAGCAAAGGUUCUAGGGGUGUUUGGUGAGCUGGAUCUUCAUGGACUUCCACAUUUAAUAUAUAAAACUAAACUAUCAGAAACUGCAGAGGCAGGUUCCAGAGUUCUGUCUCUGACAGAUGCUGUGGAUUGGAAGGAGGGAGAAGAGAUUGUAAUAACCACCACAAGCUAUGAUUUAUACCAGACAGAAACUAGAAGUAUCGUUAAAAUCCUGCAUGGUCACAAAAUUCUCAUUCUCAAUGACAGCCUUUCCUACAAUCACCUUGCCAAAAGACACUAUGUCCCCGAAACAGGUCAGAGCUACAUAUUAGCUGCCGAUGUUGGAUUACUAAGUAGGAACAUCAAAAUAGUUGGUGAAGAUUACCCUGGUUGGUCCAGGGACUCAUUUGGUGCACGCAUUCUGGUUGGCUCAUUCACUGGGAAUAUGAUGACCUUUAAAGGAAAUGCAAGAAUAAGUAACGUUGAAUUUUAUCACAGUGGUCAGGAAGGCUUCAGAGAUAGCACAGAUCCAAGAUAUGCAGUAACAUUUCUUAACCUAGGACAGAUUCAAGAACACGGCUCAUCUUAUGUUCGAGGCUGUGCUUUCCAUCAUGGCUUCUCUCCAGCGAUUGGUGUGUUUGACACAGAUGGCUUGGACAUAGAUGACAACAUUAUUCACUUUACAGUGGGAGAAGGCAUAAGAAUCUGGGGGGAUGCCAACAGAGUCCGGAGAAAUUUGGUCACACUUUCAGUUUGGCCAGGAAGCUAUCAGGACAGAAAAGAUUUAAGCUCAACUCUCUGGCAUGCAGCAAUUGAGAUAAAUAAAGGAACUAAUACAGUUUUACAAAAUAAUGUGGUUGCUGGAUUUGGAAGAGUAGGAUACCACAUUGAUGGUGAACCUUGCGCAAGUCAUUCUAAUCCUGUGGAAGACUGGCUUGACAAUGAAGCCCACGGGGGUUUGUACGGCAUCUAUAUGAACCAAGAUGGCCUUCCUGGAUGUUCCCUUAUACAGGGAUUUACCAUUUGGACGUGCUGGGAUUAUGGAAUUUAUUUUCAGACCACAGAGCAUGUGCACAUCUAUAAUGUGACCUUAGUGGACAAUGGAAUGGCCAUUUUUUCAAUGAUUUACAUGCCAGCUGCUGUAUCUCACAAAAUUUCCAGUAAAACAGUGAAGGUGGAGAGCACAUUAAUUGUUGGAAGUAGCCCUGAAUUUAAUUGCUCUGAUGUCCUAAGCAAUGAUGAUCCCAAUAUUGAGCUCACUGAUGCACAUCGCAGUGCCAGACCUCCAGCAGGUGGAAGGAGUGGGAUUUGCUGGCCUACCUUUGCUUCAGCUCACAAUAUGGCGCCCCGGAAGCCCCAUGCGGGGAUCAUGAGUUACAGUGCUAUCAGUGGCGGUCUGGAUGUCUCAGGUUCAACAUUUGUUGGAUUUAAGAAUGUUUGUUCAGGAGAAACCAAUGUAAUAUUCAUGACUAACCCUUUAAAUGAAGACUUACAGCACCCAAUCUAUGUGAAGAAUGUACAACUGGUCGACACUACAGAACCAUCUAAAAUAUAUAUACAUAGGCCUGACAUAAGUAAAGUGAAUCCAUCUGAUUGUGUAGACAUGGUUUGUGAUGCCAAAAGAAAAUCGUUUCUUAAAGACACGGAUGGCUCCUUUCUGGGGAAUUCUGGUUCAGUGAUACCUCAAGCAGAGUAUGAAUGGAAUGGAAACAGCCAACUAGGGAUCGGAGACUACAGAAUUCCUAAGGCGAUGCUCACAUUCUUGAAUGGAAGUAGAAUUCCUGUCACUGAGAAAGCACCUUAUAAAGGAAUUAUUAGAGAUGCAACCUGUAAAUACAUUCCCGAGUGGCAGAGCUAUCAGUGCUUUGGGAUGGAAUAUGCAAUGAUGGUUAUUGAAAGCCUGGAUUCUGACACAGAAACACGAAGACUUUCACCAGUGGCAAUAGUGAGCAAUGGUUAUGUUGAUCUCAUUAACGGCCCACAGGACCAUGGCUGGUGUGCAGGAUACACGUGCCAGAGAAGGCUGUCCCUGUUUUACAGCAUUGUGGCUCUGAACAAGUCUUAUGAGGUUUACUUCACUGGUACCAGUCCUCAGAAUCUUCGGCUGAUGUUGCUUAAUGUUGACCACAAUAGGGCUGUUCUAGUAGGAAUUUUUUAUUCCACACUUCAGCGACUGGAUGUCUAUGUGAACAAUUCAUUGGUGUGUCCCAAAAAUACAAUAUGGAACGCUGAACAAAAACGUUGCAAACUUAAUAUGCAUCUGUAUGCAGAGCAAUUUCUUCCUAAAUUGAACUCCACUAUUCUUGGUGAAAACUAUUUUGAUAGAACCUACCAGAUGCUUUACCUUUUGGUUAAAGGAACUGCACCUGUUGAAAUCCACACUGCUGCAGUCAUAUUUGUUUCUUUCCGAUUACCUGCUGUAACAGAAGAUGACUUUUACAGCUCACAAAAUCUGGUUAGAAAUCUCGCCUUGUUCCUAAACAUACCAAGUGACAAAAUCCGAGUCAGCAAAAUAAUACGAGGAAAGAGUAUGAGGAGGAAAAGAUCUACAGGACAAACAAUUGAAUUAGAGAUUGGAGAUCCUCCCAUUCAGUUCUUAAGCAAUGACACCCCAGGUCGGAUGAAAUUCUCUGAACUUCAGGAAAUUUCUGGUUCUCUUGGACAAGCUGUAAUUUUAGGAAAAAUCAGUAGUAUCCUUGGAUUUAAUAUUUCUUCCAUGUCUAUUACCAAUCCUAUACCCAGCCCAAAUGAUUCUGGCUGGACUAAGGUGACUGCCCAGCCUGUUGCAAGGUCUGCAUAUCCCGUUCACCAUGUGGCCCUGGUGACCUCACUCUGCGUCAUCACCCAGCCAGUGACAGCACAGCCAGGACAGCCUUUUCCUCAGCAGCCUUCAGUAAAGGCAGUGGACCCGGAUGGUAAUUGUGUAUCUGUUGGGAUUACUUCACUGACUUUGAAGGCCGUACUAAAGGACUCCAGUAAUAACCAAAUCAGUGGCCUUGGUGGAAAUACAACAAUUCCAUUUAGCAGCUGUUGGGCCAACUACACAGACCUUACUCCUCUGAGAACAGGAAAAAAUUACAAGCUUGAAUUUCUCCUGGAUAACGUUGUUCGGGCAGAAUCUAGAACUUUCAGCCUGCUGGUGCAGUCUGCCUCUGGUGACAGCAGCAGCACUAGCAGUAGUAGCAGUGGCGGCAGUGGUGGCAGCCACAGCAAAGCAUCGACUGUGGGUACAUCUGCCCAGAUAAUGGCGAUCCUGAUUAGCUGUUUGAUGGGAAGAAUGUUGCUAUCGGAAAUACUUAUGGCCGCUGCUUUUAUUCUGAAUAUAAAUGUGGGAAACAACUGAAGGACUGCUCUGAAUGAAGAAUAGGCUGAAAACAAAUACAAGAAUUACUUUAUGACUAUUUUGUUGUACAACAAUAAAAAUUCUAUAGCAUUUUCAAAAAAUAUUCUAAAACAUUUUUGUAAUAUUUAAUGUGUGCUCUUAGCUUUAAUCAC